AUACAACACCAUUUAAUAAAUUGGAAUUACAUGAUAUUUCAAUUCAUAAAAUAACAACAUAUCAUAAUUCAACACAAGGAAAUACAAUAAAUUUACCAACACAGAAAGGCAAUACAGUCAUUACUCCUUUAUUAAGUCCAAUGACAAUUUAA